AUUCGGACUGGAAAUCACGAGGAUUUUAAAUCUGUCUCAGUAUAAUUUGUGGGUUGUAAUGGCACUGUGUAGAAUUCUAGGGGUUGGGCUACACUACAAAACCAGUCGAAUAGUUUUUGCAGGGAAAACGUUAAGAUGCACUGCAGUCUUAGAUGAUGCAACAGGUGGUCGAAAAUAUGCGUCAGGUACGUCGAUGAUCGGCCGGGACUUCUUGACCCUUAAACAUUUCCAACCCGCGGAAAUUGAAACUCUCCUGUGGACAGCAAAAGAUCUGAAGACUAGGAUCAAAGGUAACGGUGAAAUCGUGCAGCCUUUGAAAGGGAAGUCUUUGUCAAUGAUAUUUCAGAAGCGAAGCACAAGAACGCGACUCUCCACGGAGACCGGCAUGUGUUUGUUAGGCGGGCAUGCUGCUUUCCUCGGACCGGAAGAUGUGCAUUUGGGGGUGAAUGAGUCCAUUAAAGAUUCUGCCAGGGUUCUCUCCCGUUUGUCAGAUGUUAUUCUGGCCAGAGUGUACGGACAGGAAGAUUUAGAUGUGUUAGCUGACGAAGCCACAGUACCAGUUAUCUCGGGGCUGUCCGAUCUCUACCACCCUCUGCAAAUCCUGGCAGAUUUUCUCACAAUGCAAGAACACUUUGGUUACUUAAAGCGAUUGAAAGUAGCUUGGGUGGGUGAUGGCAAUAAUAUACUGCACUCAUUCAUGUUUGGCUGUGCAAAACUCGGUCUUGAUUUACGCAUGGCAACACCUAAAGACUAUUGCCCUGACCAAUCUGUCCUGGCGGAAGCUGUGAAAAUUGCUGCUAAAACGCCUGGGGCCAAGCUGAGCCACACGCACGACCCAAUGGAGGCGGUCUAUAGGGCAAACGUGAUUGUCACAGACACUUGGGUCAGUAUGGGGCAAGAAGAGGAGAAAAAACAACGGUUACAGGAUUUUCGAGGUUACCAGGUGGACAGGAAAAUGGUGGGCGAGGCAGCAGCCAAUUGGAUCUUCCUUCACUGCCUUCCUCGAAAACAGGAGGAGGUAACAGAUGAUGUUUUCUAUGACACCAAGAAUUCACUUGUGUGGCAAGAAGCAGAGAACAGAAAGUGGACAGUCAUGGCAGUUCUGUUACAUUUGCUUAGUGAUCACACACCAAAAAUCACUAAACCUAUUUUUGAACAAAUCUCCUGAUCGUUGUUUAGAAUACACCCAGUAUGUUUGGUACAUCAGACAGCCAGAUGCUGGACACUCUUUCACAAAGUCACUGUCUGAUACAUGUCAUGGCAUACAAUCAGGACUUCUUUGUUUUCAUUACAGUAAUGCAUUAUGGUAUUCUGACAUGUCUGAAAUGAAUAUAAAGUAAAAAGGCAGUAUUGCAGUCUUUUUUAUUUUAGAGUUUUAAUGAUAUAUUAUGUUCCAGAAAUUUUAACGGUGUUUUAUCUCUGAUUUACCACAAAUUUAUAGACCAGUAACUGAAAAUAUAUUACCUCCUCUGGUCCAAUAACAUAUGGCAUAUAUCACAUGGGAUCAAGUAAUGAUUCAGCAGGGUUUACUACCAUUGCUUGUUCUGCCCGGUUUCAUCACACCAUAAUGCUGGAUGCCGUUGUUUAAGUGAGAU